UUGCUCGACGCCUACCAGUCCAUCCCCCCUCCCUGCCACCAGCCAUCUGAUUACUGCCCAAUAUACCUAGCUCAGUUUGAAGACUCCAAAAUGGCAGCCUUUCCUUACCAGCAUCAGCAUCUCGCUUUUCUUGUUGACGAGUUUCAGCCCAAUCCCAACACCGAAAACGACGUGUCUAGUUUACUGCAAGAGCAAGAAACCAUUGCAAGCGGAGCAAUUUUUUCUCCAAAUCUGACACAUGAAUAUCUCCAGGAGAGCACUUUACAUGCUGAAAGAAUCCUUGAAACUAUCCAUGGUGAUGAGAACUUCAGUGAGAAAGUCCAUUUCACUAGUACUUUAAACUACUCUUCUGCGAUUGUAAAUCAUAAUUCAAGUUCACCAUCCAUGGUGGUUGGUCUUGACUACAGUGAAGAGGAUCAAGUUACUCAGGUGAUGACCCCGACAAUGGGGCAAAUGAGAAAGCAAUCAUUGCCAACCAAAAAGGUAAAAAAAGAAAGCAAACGUGAGAAACGAAACCCAAAAAGUUCCGUCUCGACAAAUCUAGAGAGACAAAGGCCCACAAAAAGACAGAAGAAAGCUCCUCCUCUCGAGCAUCCGACCGGCUAUGUUCACGUCAGGGCAAGAAGGGGUGAAGCAACAGACAGUCACAGCCUUGCUGAGAGGGUGAGAAGAGAGAGAAUCAGUGCGAAGAUGAAGCUUUUGCAAUCUCUGGUUCCUGGAUGCGACCAGAUAACCGGCAAGGCUCUCAUACUGGAUGAGAUAAUCAGAUAUGUCCAGUCUCUAAAGGAUCGAAUCGGGUCACUUGAAGCAGAACUUGUUUUGGUUAAUGAAAUGGUCAUUAAUGACUUUAAAGUGAACUACAAUAUGGAGACACAAGCAUGGCAGGAGCUAUUUAGCUCGGAACUUCAGUUGCCGUCCGAUCUAGAAUCUGGAUCCUCCCAGCUCUCUCCUUUCGUUGGGACAUCAGAUGCACCCACUUCAGUGUUGCAGCCACACCUCACGAAACCAGCAACUCUUAAAGGGCAUGAAAGAUUGUUUAGCAGCGUGGAUUAGCCAAUUUGCUAUUUUCUAGUGGAAAAUCAGAUGUCAAACAUUACCUGCAGAAAUGCCUCUUAUUUUCAAGUUCCUCAUUAUCUAGAUUGUGUUCCAUGAGUUGUGAUACAAAUUAUUGGUUCGUGUGAUUUUGGAAGUUAAUUUGUUAUAUUUCGUUGUAUUUCUUUGGUUUUAGAUCAUGUGGUCCUCUAAGAUUCAGAAUUCCCUAUGUAUAACUUUGCUUU